AUGGCCCCACCUGUUGGUUUUGACGCACUUAACCCAGCGGAGUUGCAAGCAGCGUUCAAUGCCAUGAAUCUCAAUCAGCAACCACCGGACCCUGGUCUAAUGGACACUGGUGCGGGCUCCCACGUCACCGAGAAUUCAGUUAGACACUUUACACGUGAUAAUAAUGUCUCUAUUGAAUUUGAGCCUUUUGGUUUCACUGUGAAGGAUCUCAAAACUGGACGACACCUUUCCCGCCACAAUAGUACCGGAGACGUCUACCCAAUCACACCACCACAACUUCCGCCACAAGCUUGCUUCAUUACCACUUCUACUCUCCCUUGGCAUGAUCGACUUGGGCACCCUGGAGCGCAAGGGGCUGACACGGCUUAUUUGCUUUUAUACGUGGAUGAUAUCGUUCUUACAGCGUCUAGCACUCUUCUGUUACACAGUAUUAUUCAGACUUUGUCCCGGGAGUUUGCUAUAUCUGAUUUGGGAGCUUUACAUUAUUUUUUGGGGAUCAAAGUUUCGCGGCAUUCUCAUGGAUUGUUUCUGUCACAAUCUCAAUAUGCAAAGGAUAUCCUUGCACGUGCCUCCAUGACUGCUUGCAAGCCUUGCACCACACCGGUCGAUUUAUCGGCUAAGUUGAGUGCCACCGAGGGUCCGCUUUUUGACGAUCCGACCCUAUACCGAAGCUUAGCGGUUGCUUUACAAUAUUUAACUUUUACUCGUCCCGAUAUUUCUUAUGCUGUGCAGCAAGUUUGUCUUUUUAUGCAUGAGCCCCGGGAGCCACACUUUGCGUUCAUGAAACGCAUUUUUCGAUAUCUUCAGGGAACAAUGGCUUAUGGUCUUCCGAUUGUGAAAUGUGUCUCUAAUGAUUUAAUUGCAUACUCAGACGCUGAUUGGGGAGGUUGUCCGGAUUCGAGACGCUCGACUAGUGGAUAUUGUACUUUAUUGGGUGAUAAUUUAAUUUCGUGGUCCUCUAAACGACAGGCUACUAUUUCACGUUCUAGUGCCGAAGCGGAAUAUCGUGGGGUUGCAAAUGCGGUUGCCGAAGCUACUUGGUUGCGAAAUUUAUUGUUUGAGUUGCAUGUUCCCUUGAAGAAAGCUACAGUGGUUUACUGUGAUAAUGUUUCGGCCAUUUACUUAUCAGACAAUCCUGUGCAGCACCAACGAACAAAGCACAUCGAAAUUGACAUCCAUUUUGUUCGUGAGAAAGUCCGUGUUGGCCACAUUCGAGUGCUCCAUGUUCCGGCUGCAAAUCAAUACGCUGACAUAUUUACCAAGGGUCUUCCAAGGGACUUGUUUCAGUCCUUCCGCUCCAGUUUAAGCGUUUGUACUCCGCCCGCUCAAACUGCGGGGGAAUAUUAG